AUGACAGAUAAUAUAGAAGAAUUAAGAAAAGCUUUAGGUGAUGAAAUACCUAAAUAUAUGAAUACAGAUUUUCAUUUAGCAAGAUGGUUAAAAGCAAAUAAAAAUAAUGUUAAUGAUACAAUAAAAAAAUUUAAAAAAUAUUUAUUAAUUAGGCAAUGUUAUAAAUGUGAUAAUGAUACAUAUUUUGAAAAUUUUUAUGAUAAUACAGAAAUAAUUAAUUUUCGUAAAAUUUUUUCUCAAUCUAUAUGUGAUAUUAAUUGGUAUAAUACAAAGGAUAAUGCAUUAAUAUUUGUUGAAUCAGCUGUUCAUGAUACAAGUAGUGUUACAAAAUCUAUUCGUAUUAAUGAUUAUGUAAGAAUAUUUUUUACAUGUUGUGAAUAUUUUCAAAGAGUUUUACUUGAAUAUGAAAAAAUUAAUGGAAAAAAGUCAAGUGGUAUAUGUAUUUUUGAUAUGUCAAAUUUUUCUUUAAUGAACUAUACAAAUCCCGUAAGUGCUAUAAACAAGAUGUAUGAAAGUAGAAUUGAUAUAUGGUUAAAUUAUUAUAGUGAAUUGUUAAAAAAAGUUAUUAUUGUCAAUGGGCCAAGAAUUAUGUCAUUAUCAUGGAAAGUACUUUCGAUCCUCUUACCAUCAGAAGUACACGAUCGUUUUAUGUUUGCUAACUCACUUCCUUAUGAUUUAGAAAAGUCAUUAUCAAUUGAUUGUAUUCCAAAAGCAUUUGGAGGAACAAAAUAUAUUGAAAAUUGUUUACCAAAUUGUUGCAAUAUUGUUAGUAAUUUAAAAGGAAAAGAAUUUACAAAAAGUGGAGAUAUAUGGUUGAAAGAAAAAAUUACACCACCAAAAGCAUUGACUAUAUAUCUUAGCCCUGGGGAAAAAUUAAAAGAAACAUUUCAUGUUAAAAAAAAUCAAAAAUUGAUAUAUGAAUUUUAUUGUAAUAGAGAUUACACUUUAAAAAUAACAUUAAAUGAUAGUAUCCUCCUUAAUCCAGAUAUUAAAUUAUCAACACCAGUGUUAUCAGCUGAAGAUUGUUUUAAAAUUCCAGAAUCUGGUAUUGUUAAAUUAGAGUUGACCAAUUUAAGUAAGUUAAUUAAAAUGAGUGGAAAAUUAACUGUUGUUAUUGUAUAA